GGAGCAGUUUCCACUGUCACUAAACCCCAGGAUGAGUUUCCUUAGGGGUUCCUGCUGUGCUCUGGGUGGUUCAGUCUCUGAUAUUCCAUCCAUGGCUGAGCAGGUGCUGGUCAUCGGCGGUGGGGGCAGAGAACACGCCCUGGCCUGGAAGUUGGCCCAGUCCCCACAUGUCAAACACGUGUUUGUGGCUCCAGGGAAUGCAGGAACAGCUGACAAUGGAAAAAUUUCCAAUGCAGCUGUUCCAGUCAGUGACCACGCUGCCCUCGCCCAGUUCUGCAGAGAUCAAGACAUCAGGCUGGUGGUGGUUGGUCCAGAGGUCCCUCUUGCUGCUGGGGUUGUGGAUGACCUGACAGCAGCUGGGAUCAGGUGUUUUGGCCCCACAGCAAAGGCAGCUCAGCUGGAGUCCAGCAAGAGCUUUUCCAAGGCCUUCUUUGAGCGUCAUGGCAUCCCAACUGCGAGGUGGAAAGCCUUCACUGAGCCCAAGGCAGCCUGCAGCUUUAUUAACAGUGCAAACUUCCCUGCUCUGGUGGUGAAAGCCAGUGGCCUGGCAGCUGGCAAAGGAGUCAUCGUGGCCUCAACCAAGGCAGAGGCCUGCAAAGCUGUCACUGAAAUGAUGCAGGAUAAGAGUUUUGGCACAGCUGGGGAAACUGUCGUUGUUGAAGAGCUUCUUGAAGGAGAAGAGAUUUCUUGCUUGUGUUUCACCGACGGCGUCACCGUCGCGCCGAUGCCGCCCGCCCAGGACCACAAGAGGCUGCUGGAUGGGGACGAGGGGCCCAACACGGGAGGGAUGGGAGCCUACUGCCCAGCUCCUCAGAUUUCUAAAGAUCUGCUGCAGCAAAUCAGAGACACUGUACUUCAGAAGACUGUUGAUGGCAUGAGGAAAGAAGGUGUCCCCUAUUUGGGUGUGCUUUAUGCUGGAUUAAUGCUCACCAAAGAUGGGCCUAAAGUUCUGGAGUUUAACUGCAGAUUUGGUGACCCAGAGUGUCAGGUAAUUCUGCCCCUGCUGCAGAGUGAUUUGUACGAGGUCAUGCAGGCAGUUGUGGACAAAAGGCUCUCCAGCUCCCUGCCAGCGUGGCUGGAGGGCAGUGCAGCUGUGACCGUGGUCAUGGCCAGCCAGGGCUACCCGGGGGCCUAUCCCAAGGGCUUGGAAAUCACAGGGCUGGCCCAGGCCCAGCAGCUGGGGCUGGAGGUGUUCCACGCUGGCACGGCCCUGUGGGACGGCCGGGUGGUGACCAGCGGGGGCCGCGUGCUGACCGUCACCGCCCUGGGCCACGACCUGCCCACGGCCCUGCAGCAGGCCAACAGGGGGGUGGCCUCCAUCCACUUCCAGGGGGCCAUCUACAGGAAGGACAUUGGUGCUCGGGCCAUAGCCUUCCUCAGGCAAUCCAGGUAG